AUGAACUCAAUCUAUAUGGAAGUCGAAUAAUAUUCUGCAAGAGUACCUAAUGAAGAUUAAGCACUAAUGUCUAGAAGAGGAGAUUAAGAACUUAGAAAAAAUGAAUUCAUUUAAAAAAGUAAUAAGGAUCGUAAUGAUCCAUGUGAACUUAGUUUAAAUGAAAAAAGGAUUCUGGCUGAUAAAUGUGUUUAUAGUGGAAAAAUUAAGUUAGAAUCUAGACUGCAAGACAUUGAUUAAAUAUAUCUUCCUUUUGAUGAUGUUCAUUUGGAUGAAAAAGAAAGAAAUGAAAAAAUAAAAGAACUUACCAAAUCUUCAUAGAGUGAAAAUUAAAGAAUCAUUAUGAAUAGAAAAAACAAAUAAGAAAUAAUUUAUUGUUUUACAUUUAAUCCUGAUAAUACAAUCAAAAUACUUUGGGAUUUUUUUUGUAUGAUUUUAAUCCUUUAUGAAAUUAUUACAAUUCCAAUAAGGAUUAGUUUUGAUAUUGAAGUUAGUAGUUAAUUCGGUUAUGUUAUUACAGCAUCAUUUUUAUUAGAUAUUUUGAUUACAUUUAAUACUGCUAUAUAUAAGAAUGGUAAUAUAAACUAUUCCUAUAAAGAAAUUGCAAUAGAUUAUUUAAGAUUAUGGUUUUGGAUUGAUAUGAUUUCAUCAUUUCCAUAUGAUUUAUUAUUUACAGUGGCUUUAACAGGAGAAGCAGAAGAUGAAAUCUCUACAUCUUAAACAAAUUUAUAAAAAAGUGCUUAAAUUUUUAGAAUUUUAAAAUUUUUUAGAUUUAUAAAAGUGAUUAGAUUAUUAAGAUUGGCUAAAUUGAAAGCCAUAGUGGAUAAAAUAGAAGAAUAUUUUUCUGAAAAUUCGAUUGUUUAAACAUUAGCUAGUUUUUUAAAAUUAUGUGCUUUUGUUUUAUUUUGGUCACAUUGGUUAGGUUGUAUUUUUCAUUUUAUUGCCUAAAGUGAGGAUUCAAAUUAUAAUUGGUUAGUAAUUUAUGGAAUUUAUGAAGAACCAUGGUAAAUUAGAUAUGUUAAUUCAGUCUAUUGGGCUGUUACUACUAUGAUUACAGUUGGUUAUGGAGAUCUUUCACCUUAAACACCAACUGAAAGAUUAUUUGGAGUAUUUUUUCUUUUGAUUGCUUGUGGUGUUUUUUCAUUUACUAUGAAUACCAUUGGUAAUACGAUGUAACAACUUAGUUAAAAAUAAGAUCAAUAUUAAAAAAGGAUAGCAGAAAUCAAUAAUUAUAUGGGAAAAGUUAAAAUUCCUAAAUAAUUAUAGAAUAGAGUAAGAAGAUAUUUAUAAUAUCUUUGGGAUACACAUCGUAGUAUAAAUUAAGAAUCUAUUUGUUCAAAUCUUUCAGUUUCUUUAAAAUUUGAAUUUACUAUACAAGUAAAUGGAAAUAUUUUAGCUAAUUAUAAAUUAAUUUGUUAAACUUUUUCAAGAAACUUUUUAAUUGAAUUAACUUAAAUCUUGAUUGAAUAAACUUUUUAACCAGAUGAAUAUAUUUUUAUAGAAAAUGAAAUAAAAAAUGAAUAAUCACUUUAUUUUAUUUAAGAAGGAUAAAUUAAUAUAAUUUUAAUAAAAACAAGAUAAAUAGUUGCAAGAUUGACAAAUAAAUAAAUAUUUGGUGAAAUUAGUUUUUUUGGUAAUACUGAAAGAACAGCAUCUGCAAAAAGUGAUGGAUUUACUGAUAUAUUUGUAUUAAAAAGAAAUGAUUUUAUAGAUUUGUUAUCAAAAUUUCCAGAAGAUAGAGAAAAAUUCUUUUUGAUCAAUUCUGAGGUUAAUAAGAAUCAACUUUAGAUAUUAAAUAUUCAUUGUUAUUCUUGUGAUUUACCAGGACAUGUAAUAAGAGAUUGUCCAUCUUUACAUUUUGUAGUUGAUUUAUAUGUUUAUUAAAAGACAAAGGCAAAGUGCAUUUAAGCAAUAAUGAAAGAUUUUGUAAGAAAAGAUCGAAUAAAUUAUUGUGCACGUAAGUAUAAUUAGGAAAUAACAAUAAAAGCAAAGGAAUUAUAGAUGUAAAUAUAAACUCAUAAACAUUUGACUGAGGAUUGUAAUGUAGAUGAAAUAAUAUCAGAAGGUUUAGAAGAUGAUUCUAUAAAGAAAGGUUUUAAACUAAGAUCUAAAUUUAAAGAGGAUAGAAAUAGAAGAAGGAAUUGGGAAAAGAGUGUAAAAAAGUCAUAGAGACAGAUACAAUAAAUAUAAAUGAAAUAAUAAGAAAUAUUUAGUUUAACAAAAAGUCUAUCUUAAGCUAUAAUAUCUUCUUAAAGCAGUGUAAAUGUAAAGAAUACAUCAAUAAAUUAAUUUAAAAAUGCAUUAGAAAGUGAUGAAGAUAGCAAGAGCGAUACAAUUAUUUAAUAAAAGUUGGAAGAUAUUAUGGCAGAUUAUCAAAUCUUUAAAGAGGAAGUAGAGAAGUAUAAUGGAAAUUUAUAAUAAGAAAUGAGGAAAAAUAUGUAAGUAUUAACAGAUUUUGAAUAAGGGUAUGAUUAUAAUAAAUUUUAUCCUCAUAAUAAUAUAUCAGUAGUUAUAGAUGAAUAUAAUCAAUUUUAAAAGGGCAAUUCUGUAAAACCAAAGAUUGAUACUGAAUAUGAUUCAAAUGUUUUUUAAGAAUAUAUGAAUUAUUAUGUAAUAGAUAUAGAUGAUAUAAGAAGAUUUAAAUUAGAAGUAAAAUCUAAUUAAAUCAGAUAGUUUUUACCAUUUACAGAAUUACUGUAAUCAUAGUAUAGUAGAUAAGUAAAUAAAUGUAUUAAUAAUAAAAUAGAAAAAGAAAGAUUAGGGGUUGUUGAGAAAACCGAAAAGAUCAUUAAAGUAGAUAACAAAGGCUAUUAUGUUAGCUAAAAAAUUGAAAUGAAUUAUGGUACUAUAUUAUAAUUUAAUAAAAAAUAAUUAACUGAUAUGAAAUAAUUUAGAGAUUCUGUUAGUCCAGAAGUAAGAAGAUUUAUAAAAUAAUUUAAUAAUUGCUAAAGGGAUUAGAAAUAAGAUAAAUAGACAAGUACAGAUGAAAGCAAUUAAUCAAUAAUAUAAGAAAGAUUAGAUGAAAUUAAUAUAAAGGAAAUGUUUAUAAGAUUACCAAAUGAAGAAGUAAAAGAGAAUAAAUAACCUUAUUUGAAAAUAUCAAAGACUCCAACAGUUAGUUCAAACAAUAAUUCACUUAAUAGCAUUGAUUAAGAUAGAUAUAUAGAUAUUAUAGUAUAAAAGGUAGUGGAAGAGAUGGAGAGAAGAAAUAAUAGUAAAAGAUAACCUAUGUUAAGUAUAUAAUAGAAUACUGUUCAAGUUUAGAUAGGUUCAAAAUAUGAUGGUGAUAAUUAUUUAGAUGAUGAUUCCUUUAUUAGAUAGAUGUAUUAUUCAUUUAUUGAUUAGUUAAUAAACAUUAUUGAAUUCUCAUUAGACACCAAGGAAAGCUCAUAAUUUUGAAAAUUUUGAUUUAAGAUAGAAAUAGUUCUAAAUUUAAAAAGAAUAGAAAUUGUAGAAAUAAAGAGAAACUUAAUAAUUAAGUAAACUUGUUGAUGAAUUUAAAUGUUAUUUAAUACGUACAAGAAAAUCUAGAGGACUUUGA